CUGUAGGAUCGCAUGAAUCCGCCAAUGGUCCCCUCCAUGCAUGCAUGCACGCACGAAUAUUGUUGACGAUGGGUAGCACCGGCCGGUGAGAUUGGGUUUCAAAGUCGGACUGAACCCGCUCCUCAUGAGGUUGCCACAGUUUCAAGCCUCGGCGGAUUAUGGCUGCGUCCAGACGUCUUUGGCUGCAAUUCUCCAAGCCUCCAGCAGCAGAAGCAGCGCUGUUGCCUCACGUGCUCGAAUCCGAACCACCUGCCUCGUCUUGUGCCGCCUGCUGCCGAUCCAGCAGAUCUCGGUUUCUUUUGGAACCAUAUUCAGCCGGCAAUACGAUUAUCCACUUUCACCCUUGCUCCGGUCACCAAGCCUGGGACGCCUUAUCCUGUCGACCAUCUUUACGAUACAUAAUUAGUACGGAUACAUCGCCCGCCCAAGUCGGCAACAGCCUCGCGCUAUUUAACCUCCCCCCCGGAGUCUCCGUUCGGGGGGAGGACAGGCUUGCCUGCGGCGGCGUUACACGGAUUGGCUCCGGCGCGUUGCUUUUGGUGAUCCACUGACUAAUUACCUACCAGAACGACCCCUGAUGUGACAACAUACUCCAAGUGCCAUGCAUCUUGACCGAGGUUGAGGUUGGCUUCCCCAGAGUUGCUCAAGAAAAGAAAUCUAACAUAUCUUCUAUAGUGGAUAGGUAAACCCCAUCUUCGCCUGUGUCAAGUGAAGCCAAGCCUGGCAUGUCUUGCGACUCGUUGGUCUCGAUAAUUGGUGCGGUGGUCCAAGCAGUGCUAGUGUGCCAUCCGCUAUCGGCAAAAACGCUCACGUUGGACGGCAUAAUGCGCCGAGCCGUUUGUUCUGGAGUCCAAGCGGGGAGGGGUCGUAUCCGUAGUGGUUCUCGCUGAGCUUGAGCCCCUAUCCGGCUCUGCUCUCGUUGCGGACAUAACCUG